GUGCACAAUUCAUAUUCUCUUUUCAUUCUUCGCUAACGUGCGCAUUAUCUCCCUCCAACGGUAUCUCAUGGCGACGACAACUCUCCAACUCUGCCGUUUCUGUGCGCGUACGGACAUAGCCUCCCGUGAACAUCGCGCCGGAGUGUUCGCUCUCAGGAGCCGGAAGCCGUUAUCGGUUAAAUGUUCCAGCGAUGAAUCUCCCAGUAGUGCUUCCGUGGCUGUUGAUUCUAAAUUCGACUCCAAGAAGUUCCGGCAUAACUUGACCAGAAGUGAGAAUUAUAACCGUAAAGGAUUUGGCCACAAAGAAGAGACUCUCGAGCUCAUGAAUCAGGAGUUCACAAGUGAUAUUAUAAAGACUUUGAAGGAGAAUGGAUAUGAGUACACAUGGGGAAAUGUUACUGUGAAGCUGGCAGAAGCUUAUGGCUUUUGCUGGGGAGUUGAGCGUGCUGUGCAGAUUGCUUAUGAAGCGAGAAAACAGUUUCCAACUGAGAAGAUCUGGCUAACCAAUGAAAUUAUUCACAAUCCAACUGUUAAUAAGCGUUUAGAGGAGAUGGAAGUUGAAAAUAUUCCUAUUGAUGAAGGGAAGAAGCAAUUUGACGUGGUGAAUAAGGGUGAUGUUGUGGUUUUGCCUGCAUUUGGUGCUGCAGUGGAAGAAAUGUUGGUCUUAAACGAUAAAAAGGUGCAAAUCGUUGAUACAACUUGCCCCUGGGUAUCCAAGGUUUGGAAUUCUGUUGAGAAGCACAAGAAGGGAGACUACACUUCAAUUAUUCAUGGUAAAUAUGCUCAUGAGGAAACCGUAGCAACUGCAUCAUUUGCUGGAAAAUAUGUCAUUGUGAAGGAUAUGAAAGAGGCAACAUAUGUUUGUGAUUACAUUCUUGGGGGGCAACUGAAUGGAUCUAGCUCUACAAGAGAGGAGUUUCUAGAGAAAUUUAAGUUUGCAGUUUCAGAGGGGUUUGAUCCAGAUCAAGACCUGAUAAAAGUUGGCAUUGCAAAUCAAACUACAAUGCUCAAGGGAGAAACAGAAGAGAUUGGAAAAUUAAUUGAGAGAACCAUGAUGCAAAAAUAUGGUGUGGAAAAUGUAAACGACCACUUCAUGAGCUUCAACACAAUCUGUGAUGCUACUCAAGAGCGACAAGAUGCAAUGUAUAAGCUCGUUGAUGAGAAGCUGGAUCUCAUGUUAGUGGUUGGUGGGUGGAACUCAAGCAAUACCUCACACCUUCAAGAGAUUGCAGAAGACCGUGGUAUUCCCUCAUAUUGGAUUGACAGUGAGAAAAGAAUAGGCCCAGGAAACAAAAUAGCCUAUAAGUUGAUGCAUGGGGAGCUGGUUGAGAAAGAGAACUGGCUACCACAGGGUCCGAUCACAAUCGGUGUAACAUCUGGUGCCUCGACUCCAGAUAAGGUUGUUGAAGAUGUACUUGUUAAGGUUUUCAACUUGAAACGUGAAGAAGCCUUGCAAUUAGCAUAAAUCAAUGUCCACACAAACACAUUAUGAAUCAGUUAUACUAUGUAACCUUAACUUUUUAGUUCUGUAAUAUAAAGUCGUAUGCUUUUUGGGUUCCA